UUGACCCACCGUGCUCGAAAAGAACCGAAACUCAAAAGUAAACUAUAGAAUUGGCCACUUACACACCUUAGUUUCUGCGUCGCAUUUGUUGUGUGUGUGAGAAUUAGAAUCAUAAAGGAAGUGUGUGCGGUCAAAUAUGGCUUCUCAGAUACUCAGACGAACCCUCGGAAGCCGCUAUUUCUCAAACCCUAAAGCCUUCUCUUCCGCCUCCACUCCGAUCCGUGCCACUCUUUUCCCCGGAGACGGUAUUGGUCCCGAGAUCGCCGAUUCCGUCAAACAGGUAUUCCAAGCUGCUGAAGUUCCAAUUGAAUGGGAAGAGCAUUAUGUUGGGACCGAAGUUGACCCUAGAACACAAAGCUUUCUUACAUGGGAAAGUUUAGAAUCGGUAAGGAGAAAUGGGAUUGGCUUGAAAGGGCCAAUGGCCACUCCUAUUGGAAAAGGGCACCGUUCUUUAAACCUUACUCUAAGAAAAGAACUUAAUUUAUAUGCCAAUGUUCGACCUUGUUACAGCCUUCCUGGCUACAAAACUCGAUAUGAUAAUGUAGAUCUCAUCACAAUCCGUGAAAAUACGGAAGGCGAGUACAGUGGGCUUGAACAUCAGGUUGUGAGGGGUGUUGUAGAGAGUCUAAAAAUCAUUACGCGUCAUGCAAGUUUAAGGGUGGCUGAGUAUGCUUUUCACUAUGCCAAGGCACAUGGAAGAGAAAGAGUGUCUGCUAUACACAAAGCCAAUAUUAUGCAAAAGACUGAUGGUCUUUUCCUGAAGUGUUGCCGUGAGGUUGCUGAGAAAUAUCCAGAGAUAACGUAUGAGGAAGUUGUCAUUGACAAUUGCUGCAUGAUGCUUGUGAAAAAUCCUGCACUUUUUGAUGUGUUGGUGAUGCCUAACCUUUAUGGUGACAUUAUCAGUGACCUUUGUGCUGGAUUGAUUGGAGGAUUAGGCUUGACACCCAGUUGCAACAUUGGCGAGGGAGGUAUUGCACUUGCUGAGGCUGUACAUGGUUCAGCACCUGAUAUUGCCGGGAAGAAUUUGGCUAAUCCAACUGCAUUGCUGCUAAGUUCUGUUACUAUGUUGCGCCAUAUUGAUCUCCAUGAUAAAGCAGACCGAAUUCAAAAUGCCAUCCUCAACACAAUUGCAGAAGGGAAGUACCGAACUGCUGAUCUUGGUGGCACUUCAAAGACAACUGAGUUUACAAAAGCAAUUAUUGAUCAUCUUUGAUUUUUGCAUUCAAGUCCGCAGGAAAUUGUUUAUUAUAAUUUUGUUUCAGUCAGUUUCCUUUCAUUUCCCCAAAUUUUCCAGAGGAAUAUGAUCCUCAACUUAAUGGAUAAAGCAUCUACACGUGACAGUACAACCAGACAAGAAAUGCGCAAGCAUUCAAAUAUUUGCUGCACGCUGCGGUUUAAGGCAUUGAGAGGGAACCCUUUCAAAAUGCACAAUGAUUGAUAACA